UGAAAUGAAGUCAGACAAAAAUUGUAGACCUCCACAAGUCUGGGUCAUCCUUGGGAGCAAUUUACAAAUGCCUGAAGGUACCACGUUCAUCUGUACAACAAUAGUAUGCAGGUAUAAACACCAUGGGACCAUGCAGCCAAACCACUCAGGAAUGAGACGCGUUCUGUCUCCUAAAGAUUAACGUACUUUGUUGCAAAAAGUGCAAAUCAAUCCCAGAACAACAGCAAAGGACCUUGUGAGAAUGCUGGAGGAAACAGGUGCAAAAGGUUGGCUGUCGUGGUUUGGCAACAGUAUUGUGAUCUUCGUCCUGUACAAGCAGCGUGCGUCGCUGCAGCCCACGGACUAUCUCACCUUUAACCUGGCCAUCUCCGAUGCCAGUAUUUCCGUCUUCGGCUACUCACGGGGGAUCCUGGAGAUCUUCAAUGUGUUCCGGGACAACGGAUACUUGGUUACCUCGAUCUGGACAUGUCAGGUGGACGGCUUCUUCACCUUGGUCUUCGGCCUCAGCAGCAUCAAUACUUUGACUGUCAUCAGUGUCACAAGAUACAUCAAGGGAUGCCAUCCGAGUAAAGCUCACUGCAUAACCAACACAACCAUAGGCAUGUGCCUAAUAUUCAUCUGGAUGGGGGCUGUGUUCUGGUCGGGAGCGCCCCUUCUGGGCUGGGGGAGUUACACAGAUCGCGGUUAUGGAACGUGUGAAAUCGACUGGGCCAAAGCCAACUACUCCACCGUCUACAAGUCCUACAUCAUCUCCAUCCUCAUCUUCUGCUUCUUUGUCCCCGUGCUGGUCAUGCUCUUCACCUACGUGUCCAUCAUCAACACGGUGAAGAGAGGCAACGCCAUGGCCGCUGAGGGAGACCUGACCGAAAGGCAGAGAACGAUUGAAAGGGACGUCACAAUUGUAUCCAUUGUCAUCUGCACAGCAUUCAUCCUGGCGUGGUCGCCGUACGCCGUGGUCUCCAUGUGGUCGGCCUGUGGCUUCCACAUACCCAGCCUCACCAGCAUCUUCACCCGCCUCUUUGCCAAGUCGGCCAGCUUCUACAACCCGCUCAUCUACUUCGGCCUCAGCUCCAAGUUCCGCAAGGACGUCGCCGUCUUGCUGCCCUGCACUGGCGAUGGCAAGGACACGGUCAAGCUCAAGCGUUUUAAGCCGAAAGGCGAUGCUCACCAGGGCUCUGGAAGAGGCAAUGGACUCAAAGCACCUCCUCAUCACCCGAAGGAGAUGAAGUAUGCCCCUGGCAAUCCGUAUCCGCUGACAGCGAUUAAGGCCUCCUCAAGCCCAGAUUCGGGAGUGGGGAGCCACCCCUGUACUCCUCCUCCUCCCGCCAACAAGGAGAUGUUCUUUAUCGAAGUGCCCCAUCUGUCUGAUGGGCCAGAGUGGGAAUGCGACAGACUCUAAGAACAAUACGUUUGUUUUUUUGUGUUACUUUUUUAUUUAAAAACACAUGGGAAUUUACUUACACAAAUCAAAUUGACUUUGAUUCGUGUAAGUAUGUACACCUGUUGAUGCAAUUUGUUAUUUUCUUAAUUAAUUGUGUUUAUACUUUUUCUAUUCAAAGGGAACAAGUUCAAAGAUGCAACAUCAAUCAAUACUCAUUCUGUCACUCUUCAAAUAAAUUCCUGUCCAACA